AUGUAUUGGAGAGAAGAUGUGGUUGAUAUAUAUGAUAUACAUACUGUACGGACUCCGGAGUCAUCACAUAGAGCGAACUACAGAGUACACGAUAAACUUCCACGCGGCCAUGCCGAACCAUUGGAGAUGCAAUUAUCCUCUUGUCAUGAUGAAUCUGCUCGCUUGGAUGGGAUCGGAGUGGAUGGUGGAAUUUCUGCAGCUAGUCCCUGA